AUGGCAAACACAACGUACAUGAUUAAAUGCACUUGUGUGAAAUACAUUGCACAAUGUGUACAGAACUUGGAGUUCACUGGAGUCAUGAGGUUUUUCUACCAAGAAGAGGGCGAAAAAAUUUCCACCAAGUGUGUGCGCGUCUCGAGCUGGCACACGACGCGUGACGUCAUCGACACCCUGGUCGAAAAGUUCAGACCCGACAUGAAGAUGCUGACGAAGACCACCUACACUCUACAUGAAGUUCAUGUUAAUGGAGGCGGAACAUUGAAAAUCUACGGCCAUUCCAUAAAGCCUGACGUGCCGUAUAAAACUCUGCUGCUAUCCGUGAACGAUACAGUUGGACACAUCGUGAAAGAAGCGCUAGAUAAAUACGGAUACGAAAAGGAAGAUCCGGAGUUGUUUUGUCUUCAUACCGCCAGAAAACAUGGCGAACAGCGGCAGCAGUGGAGUGGAAGGACGAUAAAAUACCACCUAAGACUACGACCCCCAGACGCCCCAAAGAAACGAAAACCCCUACACUCCGUUCAGAAUUUUAGUUCUUUGCCUCAAAAAUACAACAACAACAGCAACAACAACAACAAUUACAUUAACAACUACACCAACCACAAUUACAUUAACAACAACAGCGACGACGACAACAACAACAGAAUGCUGAACAACAAACUCUACAAUAAUAACAACAGUUACGAUGGUUACGCUGAUUCUUUUUCCAGUACUGAUCAACAACAACAUCAACAACACCAGUUAUUAUUGUUAGCACAACAACAACAACAGCAAUUAAUGUUUGCCCAACAACAACAACAAAAACAACAACAAAACCAUGCCUAUUUGUUACAAGUCGGCCCAGAUGGCAGAAAAACCAUAAACUCACCAAAAUAUCCAAUUUCCAUUGGCAUGGUCGAGAUUGGCAGCAAGAGACCUCCAAUUGUUAAUGCACCCUUCAUACAGUUCAACACCCCGGACAUCUUACCCCAACACUGCACGAUAACCAGAACAAUGGGCGGAGUCACGUGGAUCGCACCGACCAAUCAGAACGAAGCGUUGCUAUUUAUAGAAGGUCAGAGAGUUUUUAACCCAACCCAGUUGCAUAAUAAUGAGGUGGUACAGUUGGGACGGAGUUUGUUUUUCGUGUUUGUGGACGCAUCUAUGCGAGAGAAAGAACCACCACCGCAACAACAACAACAAUACAUAAACAACUUGAGAACAGCAAACAACAACAACAGCGUUAGUAACAGUUUAAAAGUAAACAAGAAUAAUAACAAUAGUUUAAAAGUAAACAACAACAGCAAAAUGACGUCACCGACAUCGAGUUUGUCGCCAAAGUCCUCGAGUAUUAAAGAUUUUGAGACGACCUUUGACCUCGAUGGGCAAGUCCUAACUACGGUCCCCAACAACAACAACAAUAAUAAUAACAACAACAACAUCAAUAAUAAUAAUAAUAAUCAGAUGUUUUUAACGCCACAGCAGCUACUACAACAAUCGUCAGUGGCAGACGUUUUGCCGGCUUCAUUUUUUCUCAGAGGCAAUGUUGAGGAUCUAUUCUUGGACUACUGUAUGACGAAGAUAAACUUCGCCACGAUGCAAUUCAAGAUGUCGCCAGCCUUCACUCUCUACAUGCUUGCCAGAUCGAAACUACUAUCAUUACCCCCACCACCACCGUCAUCGUCAUCAUCACCGUUGUCGUCAUCGUUAUCAUCACCAUCGUCCACGCUGGCGGUGACGUCAUUGAGUGGCGUCGCCAACAAGAUGGCUGAAUCUAUAUCCGCUGUUGUUGAGGCAAACAACAGCAACCCGCCAUUGUUAUCAUUCUGGCUGGCGAACUCUACGGAGCUUCUGAAUUUUUUUCAAUCCGAUCGUCAUCAACUCCUCCAUCUGGCGACUGAAAGUUCGAGAACCAUGCUGAUGAAUGCAGUGCAGUCGUCAUUUUCGUUUUUCAUUGACUGCCUGCAAGUAGAGCUGGAGCAAACCCUGGUAGCAUUUGUUAGUACCCUGUCCGAUCAGGAUGAUUUAGACGUUGUGGAGGACUUUGUGAUCAGGCAGGCAACACCGCGAGUUGGAAAUGUGUUGCACGUCCUGACGCUGGCUAUGUCGGUACUGAAGAGGUGCAGGGUUAAUGCCACCAUCACCAUCCAGAUAUUCUCACAGCUCUUCCGCUUCAUAAGUGGAUGGCUCUUCAACUGCCUCGUCCUUAACCCUCAUAUGAGGUUGUGUACCAGUGACUGGGGGCAAAAGCUGCAGAUGAGGUUGGGGCAUGUUAUGGGGUGGGCCGAGAAGCACGGUCUAGAGUUAGCCGCAGAGUGUCACAUGGUGAAAAUUUUGCAACUCUGCAACUUACUAACUUGCAGCAAAAACUCAUCGUCGUCAUCAUCAUCAUCACCAUUAUGGAAAGUCGUUAGCACGUCUUGCGACACAAUAAAUUCACUCCAACUACGUACCAUUCUAUCCAAUUACAUUCCGAGCCAAGUUGAACCCCCUCUCAGCGGUGAGCUCAUUGAAGAAUGCGUUAAGUUUGCUGCCGAUAACGUGGACUAUACCAUUAUUAACGAAGGGGUAGAUAUAUCUGUUGACGAGCCCAUGGAUAUAAGGCUGGCCUUCAUGUUUCCGGAAGAUGGCUUUGCAUGCGAAACGACUGUUGGUAUUCCGUCAGGUCUCUUGGAGUUUAUGGAUGGUUUUGUCGGUCAAGGGCUUGCCACUUACGUCAUCAAUCCAACAAGUUCCGGUUCCUGGUGCGUUCAUAUGCAAGUUCAAAAGGAAAAUGACAUUCAACAGCAACAGCAGCAGCAGCUAAAACAGCAGCUACAUCAGCAGCAGCAGACGUCAGACUUGAUUGAAAUCUUCCUGAGUAAGUUGAACAACAGUCUCGGCUUGAGUAUCGUAGCCGCUAAGGGCGACCAGCAGCAAAGUAAGGGCAUCUAUAUAAAGGCUGUAGUGCAGAACGGAGCAGCUCACAGAGAUGGGAGAUUGGAGCCUGGCGAUCAACUCCUCAAUGUUAAUGGGACGAGUCUUGUUAACGUUUCUCAGGGAGAAGCUGCCCAGAUAAUGAGCCAAACUGAUGAUGUCGUUAAGUUGACGGUGCUUAAAAAGGCAGCGCUAUAUCAUGGCCUUGAGGCCCUCGUUUCUAAGGAUGAAGGUCAGUUUGGAGUUGUUGAUUUGGAGGUUUUUUGGGGUUGUUAUAACAACAACAGUAACAACAACAGUAACAACAACAGUAACAACAUCAACAUUUCUCAUCAGCGUGAUUCAUCACUCACUAACUCAAUAUCGUCAAGUCGAAGUGAUUACAAUUUCAGGGAUGUUUAUGCGACCAGAGGCGGUCUAGGCAACAACAACAACAACAAUAAUAACAUUAAUAAUAACAUUAGCAAUAACAACACCAACAAUGCUAAUAGUGUUUUCAUUAAUAACGCUAACAACUCACAAAGUGUUACUGAAUUAAACAAUCUUAAUAAGUCCAAUUACAAAUUUGGCCUGAAACACGAAUCAAAUGUUUUGGCACAAAUUAAAAAAAAUCCUUCUGACCAAUCACAGCAGCCUUUAGAUUUAAAUCACCCUGCGAAUUACAACAACCAAUCAUUAAACAGCUCAGUAGAUAGCCAAUCACAUUAUCAGCCAACUCAAUUCAAGCCGCCCUUCAGCGUUCAGGUAAAAAAUAUCGACCAACAGCGAGAGGGUAACCUUAAAUUUGCAAGACCCGCCUCCGCCAUGUCAACCAAUCAGAACAGGACCCCAGGCUAUGCGGCCCAGAUGCUCUUUCCAAAAGCUCCUCCAACAGGUAUUGCAACCAAGACAACAAUCAACAUUGACAAUAACAACGAUAACAGCAUCAAUCUGAACCAGACGAUCAAUUUAAAUGAUGCCCUCAAAGAUGGAACUUUGAAGAAAGGCCUCGCCAAAACUACAGUGAUUAAUUUAAACGAGGUUCAACAACCACAGCAGCAGCAGCUCCAGCAGCAACCACACCAGCAGCAACUGCUUCCGAAAUCUGCCAGUUCUGAUUUUAUUAUCGGUAACAUUUCAUCGAGUUUCGACGAUUCGAGACAGCAAUACCCUGUUAUGGUAGCCAAUUCCGGAAUUCCAAUAAAGAAACAACUCAGCAACAACAACCUUCCAAGCAUGAGCAACAACGACAACGUCAACAACUUUAAUUUCAGCAACAACACCAUCUCCAACAACACUAACCUGUCCCCGGAAAGAGAUUUCCCACCUCCACCUCCAGAAACCCAACUGGCUCAGUUGAAAAUCACCAGCAACACCAACAACAAACCAACAUUCAUGGCGACGCUGCCAGCAACAACACUACAAGCGGCAACAACAACGACGACUGCGACGACAAGCGUCACCAAAAAACCGCCCCCUACCGCAAGCAAACCCAAAAUAACCCCGGCUGACCUCAAACUGAAAUCGCCCUGGGAGAAAGAGCAGAGAGAAAAAGAUGAAGAGAAUAAAAUAAAAAUGAAACGAACGGAAGAGAUAAAAAGAUUGGAAAACAAACCUUACUUGAGCCAGGAGGAACAGACGAAACUGAAGAGACUGAUAACUGAGGUGGAGUUUGACGAGAGGCUAAGGAGAACAAAAGAAGAAGAAGAUGCCUUUGCUGACACGCUUCAAAGGACAACGUUCAGCAGAGAAGACACCAGUAGCUCACACUUGCUUCCACAGCGGCCAACGUACAUACUACAACAGCCACAACUGCAACCUUAUAAGGCAAUACAAGAUAAUGAGGUGCCGUACAGCACGCGGUUCCAGAGCACCUCAUCCAUCAAACUUCAACAACAACAACAACAGCAGCAGUUUAACCCUGCCGACAACAUCAACAACAUCAGACAACAACAACAACAACAGCAACAACAACAAAACGCUAUGAAGAAGACAGUAACAUUCAACGAAAACGUGGGAGUUACGGAGUACCCAAUCCAUAAGUCUUACGGGUCGACCUCGUCUGAUGGGUCCCUCAUACAUAAUGUGGCGGAUAGGGACUUCCACGAUGACCCUUUCUACCAGCCAAAAAGCGUACCCCAGGCGACCUUUCUACCAAAAAUACCCUCCAAGAAAGACAUUCUCAUCUACGGACCCAACGUAACUUACGAGAUCAAGCCCAAAAUAACAGCCGAGCCACUACAACCACAACAACCACAGCAACAACGACCUCUCUCCAACAACAACACAAUCGAACAACAAGCUAGUUACCCAUAUCGGCCAAUUGGCGGCGACGACAAACAACUAUAUCAACAAAAACAACAACAACAACAACAAUUUUCUUACCCAUAUCAACCAUCAAUUGACUUAAGACAACAGCCACAACAACCCCAGCAGCUACAACCACAACAGCUACAACCACAACAGCCACAACCACAACGCCACCUUUACACAAAACAGUACCAGUAUAACUCUAGAGAGGAUCUAAACAGCGAAUCAAGUUAUGGAAAGAACGAUAUCCAGCCUAUAAGGAACCCACAAGGACCUUUAUACGGUCAGAGAAUAUAUCUAUCUAAUCUGGCGCAACAAGAAAAUCCGUAUGCCUCCCGUCCAUACAAUUAA